UUCAUUCUUAUCAAUACCCCUUCUUCUUCUUCUUCUUCUUCUUCUUCUUCUUCUCCUGAAGGGCUUCUACUUUGAAACCAUGGAGAAUGGUUUAAACCCAGUAGCCGUGCCCACAUUUCACAAGAAAGAAAGGAAAGCCCACAAAAAAUCUGAGCCCAAAAACGAUGUGCAUGAAUCAUUAGUGAGUUUCCGAAAAGGCAGGAGACCGGAAACGCACCGUAGAAGUAGAACAAGAAGAAAUAUAAGAGAAAUGAAGAUUCAAGAAAAGGAGGAUGAUGGGGUGAUGAUGAGUGGUAGCUGUCAAGAUGAUGAUGAUAAAGAAGAGGUGGAGAGAAAGAUUGUGGCAUUGCAGAGGAUAGUGCCUGGAGGUGAGUCACUUGGGGUUGACAAGUUAUUUCAAGAGACUGCUGGUUAUAUUUUGGCUUUGCAGUGCCAAAUUAAAGCCAUGAGAGUCUUUGUAAGCUUUCUCCAAGGGAUGGAGAAGGAGAAGAUCAGCAAGUUUGGAGGUUAAAAGGGUCAAUUUCUAAAUAUUUUUAAUCAUAUUGUGAGUUUUUUAUUUUU